AACCAAACAUAUACCCCAUAACCAACAAACAAUAUCUUCUUAUUAUUUUAUUCUCCUCUACUAUUAUAUUUCUCUCCCAUUUUCCGGUGAUUUUUAUAUCUGCGCUCUCGCCGGAAAAGAUGGUGUCGCCGGAGAAUAACCCCAAUUGGAUGUUUGAUUGUGGAUUGCUCGACGAUGUUCCUGUUCCUGGUGGUCAUCUUCCUUCUCUUGAACCUAGGUUUCAAUGGCCCACCAAUGCGUUUCCUGAUUCUACUGUCUUGAGUGCAGAAUUUGUUGAAUCAUUUGGAAACUCGGAUGGAAUUAAGGAGCAUGGCUCCAGGAAGAGGGUGAAGUCAGGAUCAUGCAGUGCAUCAGACUCCAAAGCAUGCAGAGAGAAAAUGAGGAGAGACAGAUUAAAUGAUAGGUUCCAAGAGUUGAGUUCUAUUUUGGAGCCUGGAAGGCCGCCCAAAAUGGACAAGUGUGUUAUAUUGAGUGAUGCCGUCCGAAUGGUUAAUCAGUUGAGGGACGAAGCUAAGAAACUGAAGGAGUCACAUGAAGAGUUGCAGGAUAAGAUAAAUGAACUGAAGGCUGAGAAGAAUGAACUUAGAGACGAGAAGCAGAAAUUGAAGGCAGAGAAAGAGAAACUGGAACAGCAAGUUAAAGGCUUGCACCCUCAGCCAGGCUACAUGCCGCCUCCAGUUCCUUCUCCAUUUCCAGGCCCUGGUCAAUUUUUUGGAGGCAAGAUGGUGCCGUUUAUGGGUUAUCCUGGAGUUCCCAUGUGGCAAUUCACACCUCCUGCAGCAGUUGACACAACACAGGAUCAUGUACUGCAUUCCCCAGUUGCCUAAGUUUUCCCUGCGAUAAACCUGAAAUCACCCAAGAGACAGGACAGGAUGCAUUUUCUUUUCUUUCGUUAACUAUCUUGUUGACAUUUUUUUUUCCUUCGUUACAUCUUAUAUUUAGUUUCUUCUUGUUAGACCAGUGAGAGGUACUGAUAAGUAAUUGCUUUUAUAGAAAUGUCCAUGAGCUAAAAUUUAAUUUUA